UCGGCCUGACAGCCAGUAUGUUAAGUGUAACCAGAUCGGCAUCAGUCCCAAAUUUCAGCGUGCGAUCCUUUGGAGCCUAUAGCUCCAAGAGCCACUUCGAGGCAAGUCAUAGCGUGAGUGAAAGCACGUUCUCGGAAGUGGAGCGUUUUGUGGAGGCUGCCACCAGCAUCAACCGACUUCCAAAAACGCGGAAACUCUCCUCCUGCAUUUUUCGAACCUACGUCUGCCUGCUGUUGGUCAUCCAGGUGACCCUGGCCUCGCUGCAGUGGCUCGGAUCCACGUACCGCUGGAAACCGCAGCUGAGUGUGGCCAACCGCGGCCUGUCCGUCCUGCUGCUCCUGCUUUCGUGGAUCAAUCUGACGCUGGCCUUCAUGGGCUUCCGGCGACUGCAGUUCACCUUCCCGCUCAAUUGGAUUGUCUUUGGGUGCAUCUUCGAGAGCCUCACGCUGCUGGUGGUGUGUCUGCACAUUCUCGAACAGGAUCUAACGUGGCCAUUUGUGCUGAUUGGCAUUGGCGUGCUGGUUGUCUAUACGCUGCUGGGGCUGUGGGUACCUGGAUUCCUCACCGCCAACUUGUGGAUCCUUAUCCUGGCAAGCAUUGUGGUCUUCCUGGUCUCUUCAGUGGCCUUGGGCGUCCGCCUCCAGAUGCGAUACUACGUGCCCGCCAGUGUCUGUUUGGUGUUCUUUGGACCCUGGGCCAUGUACAACUCCCAGAAGCUGUUCCUGCGCCACAAGCGGUCUGAUUACGUAGCUCACCAGUACUUGGAGGCGUCCGCCAAGAUGUUCAUGAAUUAUGCCUUCACUGUGAGUGGCAUUAUAUUUGCCCACCGCUUCUCGGUGGACACAUUGGAUGCCCCCAGUUAGGAUAUGGCGCCAUUUUUGUGGCUUAGGUUUUUUGUAAGUCUUUCUAAGUGCUGUGCACAAUUAAAUUAGGUGUCGCAAAAUUUUUUGUUAUUCCUUAAUUAAAACCCCC